AUGGCUCGUGGACCGAAGAAGCAUCUAAAGCGUCUAGCAGCACCAAAACAUUGGAUGCUGGAUAAGCUCGGAGGAGUUUUCGCUGUCCGACCAAGAAGUGGACCUCAUAAGCUCCGAGAAUGCUUACCUCUCAACCUCUUCCUUCGCAAUCGUCUGAAGUAUGCUUUGAACUACUCUGAAGUGAAGAAGAUUAUGCGUCAGCGAGUUGUGAAGGUUGAUGGCAAGAUCCGUACCGACCACAAGUUCCCUGCCGGAUUUAUGGAUGUGAUCAGCAUUGAGCGAACAAACGAGACAUUCCGUCUGCUAUAUGACGUCAAGGGCCGAUAUACCGUCCACAGAAUCACGGCCGCAGAGGGGCAAUUCAAGCUCUGCAAGGUUAAGGCUCUUCACGUGGCUAAGAAGAAUAUCCCAUACAUCACUACUAAUGACGGACGCACCAUCAGAUAUCCUGACCCACAUAUCAAGGUAAACGAUACUGUCGUCAUCGACCUAACCUCAAACAAGAUCACCGACUACGUCAAGUUCGAAGCUGGAAACCUCGCUAUGGUUACUGGCGGACGUAACGUAGGUCGUGUUGGUGUGAUCGGACAUCGUGAGAAGCUCCCUGGUGCUUUUGACAUCAUCCACAUCAAGGAUGCUGCUGGACACUCCUUCGCCACUCGUGUGACAAAUGUGUUCGUUAUCGGCAAGGGCAACAAAGCUCUCGAGAUGAGGACUAAACUGUGGAAAGCAUUGAAUGGAUUAAUUUGUGUCUAUAAACCUGUAGACUUGUCAAUCAGUGGCUUGAAGAAGCAGAUUGUUAAACGUAUAUGCGCUGACGGGAACGAGGUAGUAGGAAUGCCUCGACUUCCAAUGAUAAAGGUACCUAUAGUGGAACCACAUGAGACGAGUGGAGCACUGCUGGUGGUCGGAGAGCAGGAGAUACAAGAUUACACGCUGCACCCCCUCGUUUGUGGUGAAACUUUUCGUCCCGAAGAUAUCAGAUUGGAAGAGGUUCACUUCAUGGAAAGUACAUCCUCUGGAGUAUGUGUUACUUCAGUUUUUGCAUUGAACGACGAAUGCGACAAAAUUCCGGAGAUCCAAGCUCGCUCUUGGGUAAAUAACUAUCGACUGGAAGGUAUAUUUGGCCGUGAAACGAAUAAGCACACUAUCAAAGGGCGUGUAACCCUAAGGGCUGAUUAUGGUGUGUUGAAUUUUCUCAGAGUUUAUGAUUAUUUUGAGAUAUUUUUCAAUGCUUUUUGUGAAGGUUCAUGGGCUUACACAAUGAACUCUUCUACCCCUUAUAAUACAAAAAGAAAUCUUUCAGACCAUGUCACUCGUCAUAGGUUGCAAAAACUUCUGGCUAGGGUUCAGUCAGAAUAUCGAAAAAUGGCUUUUCAAGCUGCCGAGGUUGAUUUGCAGAGCGAGGCAGCUUUCGAGAUAGCUCGCAAGGGACUGCCACGGGCACAAUUGGCUGGAGCCCAGAUUGUCUACAAGUGUGAUGUUAAGCAUUUCAGUUUACCCUUUUUCGCUCUUCAAGUUCAGUGUGUUGGAGAAACGGACGCGUUUUUGAGUGAGUUGAGGCUCAAUCAGAGAAUUUGGCACGUUAACAAUGUACCCAUGUGUUCCAUAUACUGGAUAACUGAUGUUGAGAUUAUUUUCAGAAGCACUUUUGGUCCCUUCCAUGUCGAUCACGCGUUGUUGGAAAAACAAAUAUCGCUUCAGAAUAUUAUUAGAAAUAUAGAAUUGUGCAGGAGAAUAAUGAAGAAUCUACCAGAGGACGACCCAGAUGUCGUCACUGAGGGCACGUCACAGUACGAAGAGGGAAGGGACGUUGUAGAUGGACUUGAUCUUCAAGUAGACCAGGAAUACGAUGCCAUGAAACCUGUUUGGUCGAGAAAUUACACUUGA